CUGAUGACCAAAAACAGUGCAGACAAAACCUAUCGGUAGUCCAGUCAAUCGAGUAUCUUGUCGCUGAAACACACGGCGUUCGUUUUGUUUUAUUCUCUUUUUAUUUUGUUUGCGUUGCUCACACACUCAAAUAUGUCGACAUUAAAUCGCCCCAAAUCUCCGCACACACCGACAACCAUUAAGAAGGGUGAAAAGGAGGAUAGCUUUUGGGAUAAAUUCAGCACACUCGGUCGCAAACGCGGCACACGAGAAGUUAAGAAAAUCCAAGAAGAAGGCAAAUAUGCAAUCGAUUCGCCUGGCUCGCCCAAUCAGUUCGACAUACCGCCCGAAGAUUAUGCACUGCGUGAACAUGAGCAACGUGCCGUGAUUGAUCCGCAAUCGAAUAACGAUCCGGAAAUGUUAAAGCUGCAAGCAAUUCUCAUCGAUUGGAUUAACGAUGAGCUAGCGGAGCAACGCAUUAUUGUCCAGCAACUGGAGGAGGAUAUGUACGAUGGCCAAGUACUGCACAAGCUAUGGGAGAAACUAACGGGCAAAAAGUUGGAUGUGCCAGAAGUAACACAAUCGGAACAGGGCCAACACGAGAAGCUAAACAUUGUGCUGAAGGCCGUUAAUCAUACACUUGGCUUCCAUCAGAAGAUACCCAAAUGGUCGGUAGCCAGCGUUCACUCAAAGAAUAUUGUUGCAAUAUUGCAUCUAUUGGUAGCGCUAGUGCGUCAUUUUCGUGCACCAGUGCGUUUGCCAGAGAAUGUCUUUGUCACCGUGGUCAUAGCCGAGAAGAAUGCGGGUGUACUGAAUGCACAAAAAUUCCAGGAGCAAAUCACCUCGGAGUAUGAUGAUUUAGGUAUGCGCUGCGAAAAGGAUGCAUUCGAUACGUUAAUCGAUUGUGCUCCCGACAAAUUGCUCGUCGUAAAGAAAUCCCUAAUCACGUUCGUCAACAAGCAUUUGGCUAAACUCAACUUUGAGAUCAACGAUCUGAACACCGAUUUUCGAGAUGGCGUUUAUUUGUGUCUGUUGAUGGGACUCCUCGGCGGAUUCUUUGUACCGCUGCACGAAUUUCAUUUAACACCGCAGGACGUUGAUCAAAUGGUCAGCAAUGUCGCAUUUGCUUUCGAUUUGAUGCAGGAUGUAGGACUACCAAAGCCUAAAGCAAGGCCUGAAGAUAUUGUCAACAUGGACUUAAAGUCUACGCUGCGUGUGCUUUACAACCUGUUUACCACGUAUAGAGAAUAUGCCUAAAUGCCAAUUUAUUUACUACUCAUUUUUUCUCGUAAUUUCUAAUCAUUUUUGUUAUCAAAUACUAAUUUAUGCAUGUAGAUGCAAUCCAACUUUGCCUAACUAUUUAUAUUUUAAU